UCAGACUUCCAUUCAUGUAAUAAACCGAAUAUCUCUCUACAAUUCUGCAAAUCUUCGAUUCGACUCCGCCAGGUCUCCACCAAUGGGUUCUAAAUCAGUUGUGGAUUUAAUAGAGGCUUCAUCAGGAGUUCAUUAUUCUGGAUUUCACCUAGACGGUUUGGAACCGCGAAAUACAGAGGUGGAGCAACCAUCAACCUCAGCCGCUGAAAGUGUACAUAAACAACCCUUUGUCAUUGGUGUUGCUGGGGGUGCAGCUUCUGGGAAAACUACAGUUUGUGACAUGAUUAUUGAGCAGCUGCAUGAUCAGCGUGUUGUACUAGUAAACCAGGAUUCCUUUUAUAACAAUUUGACUGAAGAGGAACUUGCACGAGUUCAUGAAUACAACUUUGACCAUCCUGAUGCAUUUGACACUGAGCAACUAUUAUGCGCCAUGGAGAAGUUGAAGCAUGGGCAAGCAGUAGAUAUUCCAAAAUAUGACUUCAAGAGUUACAAAAACAAUGUGUUUCCAGCGAGAAGGGUCAACCCUUCAGAUGUGAUAAUUUUGGAAGGCAUACUCAUUUUUCAUGAUCUUCGUGUCCGGGAAUUGAUGAACAUGAAGAUAUUUGUUGAUACAGAUGCUGAUGUACGGCUGGCAAGGAGAAUUAGGCGUGAUACAGUUGAGAAGGGUAGAGAUAUUGGUAUGGUACUUGAUCAGUACUCAAAAUUUGUGAAGCCAGCUUUUGAUGACUUUAUACUUCCAACAAAGAAGUAUGCAGAUAUCAUUAUUCCCCGUGGAGGAGACAAUCAUGUAGCCAUUGAUUUGAUUGUGCAACAUAUUCGUACAAAACUUGGACAACAUGAUCUUUGUAAAAUAUAUCCUAAUCUUUAUGUCAUUCAAUCAACUUUUCAGAUACGGGGUAUGCAUACACUUAUACGUGAUGCUCAAACAACAAAGCAUGAUUUUGUCUUUUAUGCUGACCGGUUGAUUCGUUUGGUUGUUGAACAUGGCCUAGGUCAUCUUCCAUUCACAGAAAAGCAGGUGAUCACUCCAACUGAGUCUGUAUAUUCUGGCGUGGAUUUCUGCAAGAGAUUAUGCGGUGUCUCUGUUAUCAGAAGUGGUGAGAGUAUGGAGAAUGCUUUGCGAGCAUGUUGCAAAGGUAUCAAAAUUGGGAAGAUUCUUAUCCAUAGGGAAGGGGAUAACGGUCAGCAGCUAAUCUAUGAAAAACUUCCAAAAGAUAUCUCAGACAGGCAUGUGUUACUCUUGGAUCCUGUCCUAGGCACAGGGAAUUCAGCUGUUCAAGCUAUUUCUUUACUGAUACAGAAGGGUGUACCAGAGUCCAACAUCAUAUUUCUGAAUCUCAUAUCUGCACCUCAGGGAGUGCAUGUGGUCUGCAAAAGCUUCCCGAGGAUAAAGAUUGUAACAUCUGAGAUUGAUGUUGGUCUGAAUGAAGAUUUCCGUGUCAUACCUGGCAUGGGUGAGUUUGGAGACCGAUAUUUUGGUACAGAUGACGACGACCAGCAACUGGUGGCCCCUCCACUAUAGUUCAACCAGAGGCGCUUGUUUUUUUUCAAAUGGCAAUCAUUUUGAAACUAUCAUCAGCAGAGUUAGGAAAAUCAGAGAAUCAUCUGUACUUUUUUUUUUGCUAAUAAUGAGUUGGACAGUGGGUAAUUCCAAAAUAGUUUUGACUACAGCAGACCUAAUUACUAUAUUUUAUUUUAUUUUUAAUUUUGCAAACUAUGAGGUGCACAUGGAGUUGUUUGAUUGCAAGUUUCAACUUGUCCUGGGAAUUAUAUAGUUGAGAAGGGCUCAGAGAGCAAUUAUUAGA